AUGAGUGACAGCAGCGAGGGCGUAAACGUGGGGGCAUGGGGCGAGCCGACUUCGUCCAUCGACUGGUGCGAGGACAACUACGCCGUCUCGUACUACGUUGCCGAGUGGUGGAACACUCUCUCCAACAUACCCAUCGUCAUUCUCUGCAUCCUUGCUUGGCACAAGGCCCACCAUCGCUCCACCUUUCUCCCGCCGCACCUCCGAUCGGCCUACCUCUGGCUCCUGCUCGUCUUUUGCGGCUCGACCGUCUUCCACGCCACCCUCUCGUACGCCGGCCAACUCCUCGACGAGCUUCCCAUGAUCGCUGGCGUCUGCGCCUACCACGUGGCGCUCUCAUCGCGCGACAGCGUGGGCGCCUUUGCCGGACGGACAUCGACCCGUAUCGCCACCGCAACCACGCUCGCCAUCGGCCUCCUCAUGUACCUGCUCCGCGACUCGCCGCUUCCGCUCCAGCUCUCGUACGGGUCCCUUACCGUUGCUCUCGUUGUCCGCUCAGUCAUGCUUUAUCGAUCCGUCGAAGUCCCGGCCCGCCGCUCUCUCUUUCUCGCCAUGCUUGUCUACGGCUCCGCGUUCCUCCUCUGGAUCACCGAGUGCGCCAUCUGCGGCCUUGUCAAGCCCUUUGCCUUUCAUGCGUGGUGGCACCUGCUCUCGGGCACCGGCACUCUCAUCUGGAUCCAAUUCCUUGCCGCAUACGUCCUCGGCUCGUCCCGCACCGUAGCCCUCGUCCAUCACCCGCGCGGCCUCGCACACAUCCUCCCCUUUAUCGCCAUCGACAAGACUGUCCCAAGUACAGAGUCUCACACCCCGCACCCGAGUCUAUCGGCCGUGCGGCAAUAA